GACUAAGGCUGAUCUGUGGUAGAGCGUCCUCCGCCUGGACGCUUCCGGGAGAGUGGGAGCCUCCGCUGGGUAGGCCAGCGUGUCUCCUUCCGCCCGUGCAGCCGCGUGAGUGACCUUCUUGCGCCCACGGGGAUGCUAGCCGCGGCUGCUUGCCCCCUGCGGGGGUCCUGUCUGAGGUUCCGGGCCGCGGCCCUACUCCAGACCAGGCUGCCAUUUUCAGGUGUUUUAGCUGUGAGGCUAAUGAGAAGCAGCUGUCAUCGAAGAAGUGAGACCCUGGCUGGAGCCACUCUGGACAAUGCCCCCAAGCAGUACCCUCCAAAGAUCCAACAGUUAGUACAGGACAUUGCUGGCCUUACACUACUGGAAAUCUCUGAUCUCAACGAGUUACUGAAGAAAACACUGAAGAUUCAGGAUGUUGGGUUGGUGCCUAUGGGUGGCAUGGUGCCAAGUGCUGCAACGGUAGCCCCUGAGGCAGCAGAAGAGGAAGAGGUACCCAAGCAGAAGGAACGGACACAUUUCACUGUUCGGCUGACAGAAGCUAAGCCUGUGGAUAAAGUGAAACUAAUCAAGGAAGUAAAGAAUUACAUCCAAGGCAUAAACCUUGUCCAGGCAAAGAAGCUGGUAGAGUCCCUGCCUCAGGAAAUCAAAGCCAAUGUUGCCAAAUCAGAAGCAGAGAAGAUUAAAGUGGCUUUGGAAGCAGCUGGAGGCACUGUGGUUUUGGAAUAGAAAUUUGGGGUUCUAAAAGACUUGUGCAAAGUGGGGCUUACUCCAGUCCAGUCUGACCACUCAGGCAAUAGCCCCGUUUGGAUUGCUGCCUGUGGACCUGAACAGAUGUGCUUAAAACGGUGUGGGUAGUUGAGUGAAAACAUUCUCAGCUUUUCAGGAGACUCUAUUCUGGGAGGGAAGGGAAGGCCCAUCUGUCCCAGGCCCUUUUAAAAGGCUGCUGUGAAGAAGGACUCUGUGAAACAUAUGAGUGGGGAGCAAAUUUGUUCAAACAGUAGUCUAAAAGAAAAAUAUAUCAUUGCCAAGGCUUCCAGUGUAUGCUUCCAGUUGUGUGCUGAAGACCAAGCAGUCAAGAAUUGGUACCGUAGUUUUUUAACUAUCAAAGGUGGAUGUUGGGGGAGGAGGAUAAUACAGGCCUGUAGAGUGGUCUGGGCUCUAAGUCAGUUUGCCUGUCCUCUUCAUUGUGGUGCCAGUUUUACACUAUUUCUCAAGUCCUGAAGGAAAGGUAUUUCCUUCAUUAUUAUUUUCACCAUCUCUCUGUGCUGUCUGUGGUAUAGUACCUUAUUUUAUGAUAGGUAUUAUUGGUUGAGAAAAAGAAAUCUGAAGAUAUUCUCCAUCCUCUCAAGCAAGCUAGUAUUUUAGUUGAAGAAACAGUACAUCCACAUAGAUAUAUAACAGUACAAGGUAUCACAGGAAAUGGGACAGACAAAUGCUAUAAGACUUUAGAAAGUUUGAUCACCCAGAGUAUAGGGGAAGGCUGUGUGGGAAAGACAUGGUUCAAGAUAGACCCUAGGGGCAGCUAGGUGGCUCAGUGAAUAGAGAGCCAGGCCUGGAGAUGGGAGGUCAUGGGUUCAAAUCUGGCCGCAAAAGACUUCCUUGCUAUGAGACUGGGCAAGUCACUUAACAGCAGUUGCCUACGUAGCCCUUAUUGCUCUUCUGCCUUAAAACCUAUAUGUACAGUAUGUAUUCUAAGGCAAAAAAUAAGUUUAAAAAAACCCUGAAGGAAGAGAAGAUAUUUCAAGUGGGAAGAGUGGUGAGGGCAAAGGCAUAAGUACAAAAGUGCUCUAGAUCCAUUUAGGAAAAAGUAAGUAGAUUAGAUUGGCUGGGCAGUUAUAUAUAUAAGGCAAUUAAGGAAAGGUUUUGGGAGGCCUUGAAUUCUACGCUAAAGAGGAGUUUGGGCUUUUAAUUCACCCACAAAUGGCACUAUUUGAGGAAAUGGAAGUAGAUGCAACAUUUGGAAGCUAAUAAAGUUGGUUUUGUCCUUGGAAACUGAGCAAGUUUUAUAACUACUUAACUCUAGAGAUGAGCUCCUAUAUAGGGAUUCUGUAGUAAUCUCAUAAGGGACUAGGAUCUGUUUGUGCCAUAGUAAUUUAUCCAGAAUAGCCACUGCUGCCCAGCUUUAAAAACUGGGGCAUACACCUUGCAAGGCAGCCUGGGAAGUACAGCAGACAAGUACUACUACAGGAGUUAGGAAAUCACCUGGAGUGGAGUCUUCAGAAAAGAGAAAGCAUAUCAUCUAUAGCUUCCAUUCUCAGGGCCUUAUAUCUGGGGUCUUGCCCAGUCUUUCCCCCCCCUGAUUUCAUCUCGGUAGUUACUGAAGAGUUAAUGAUUUGCCUAGCUAGGCUGGGGUUUUCUGACCACUCCCAGAGUUUUCUUGUUUGCUCUCUGAGGUGUGACAGUGUCCUUGCAAGAUGAUUGCCCAGCACAGUGUUGAAGCCAGCUAUUCUAUGGUAAGUAUUCCCUGAGCUGUUUAUCCUUAGAAACAGAGAUAAAAGCAUAAAAAUCAAUACUUGAAUGGAAGGCUCAUGUCCAAACCUCAAGCUAUUCUAUAUGCUCUGAUCCCAACUAGUUAUAACUUUCCCAAAUUCUGUUCCUAGUAAUGGGAGCAAUGAGGUUUUGCCAUUUUUACUUUUAGCCCUGGAAGAGGGUGAAUGUACUAUUCAAUCUCAGUUUUAAGGCACUUCUAACCUGAACAGGAAUCCCAUCUACCAAAUACUAAGAAGUGGUUGUUCAGCUUUUGUUUAAAUGCUGGACAGGAAUCCAUUACUUGCAGUUCAUUUUUCUUUUGGUUAAUAUAUAGUUGAGAUUUUUCCUUAAGUCAAACCUAAAUCUUAACAGCUUUAAACCCUUCUACUUCUGGUUUUCCGCUCAUGUCAGGCAAAGUAAAUCUAAUUUCUCAUUCAAGUGACAGACCUUCAGAUAUUGAACAUCAGCUUUCUUGUACCCACUCAGCCACCUGUCUUGAUGUUUUCUAGUAUUUAAGUUAAACAUCCCCAGUUACUGCAGCUGAUCCUUAUAUCCCAUGAUUUUGAGCAGCAUUUUGGUUGCUUACCUCCAGACUGUCUUCAGUUUCUUUCUAAAAUGUGCCCAUGACUGAACACAGAGGCAGGCCUGGGUGGAAGUAAGGCACCCCACAGCCAAUGAUGGGUCCUUUCAUGUAGCAUAAAAUAACAUUAGCUUUUUUGGCUGUCAUGCCAUAUUUAAGGAGCUUGCCCUUUAUUCAAACCUUCAUCUUUUCCAUCCAGACUUCCUACUUUGUACUUGUGAAAUUUGUUUUUUUUAAUCCAAGUAUAAGAAUUUAUCCCUAUUAAAUUUCAUUUUUUACUAGAUUUGGCUCAAUAUUCUAGACUUUGGAGAUCUUGGAUCCUGACUCAUCUAGUUAUAUGUCCUCUUCAGAUUUGAAAAACUUGGCAUAUAUGCUUUUAUAUAAGUUAAAUCACACAGGGCCACAGAUCCCAAAGGGAUCUCAGUUAGACACCUUACAAGUUUACAUCAAACUGUUAAUGAGAACUUUCUGGAUCCAGUUAUUCAACUUCUUAAUCUGGCUUUUUAUUACCUAUCUCAUGUAAUCAUCAUUUCUUCAAGGAUUGUGUGAUUGUGUUUUGUCAAAUGCUUUGUUAGAAUGUGGGUAAACCAUAUUGUAUUCCCUUGUUCUGUAUUUUGAAAAAGGGAAACAAGGCUGGUCUAGUGAAACCUGUUUUGGAUGAUGCCAUGCUAGAACAGCCUUCCUUUCUUUUAAGUGUUCGCUAACUAUCCUUAUAAAAAUAUAUCCUGUAAUUUUAACAGGAAUCAAAGUAAAGUUCCCUGACCCAUAUCUUUACUGACUCAAUUCCAGGCUUUUUUUUUUUCCAUCAAGGCAUUUGACCUUCAGUCCACUGGCACACUUUUAUAUCUCUAAACUCACUUUACUUAUGAACUCUAUUGUUGCUAUUUUCAUUACAUACUUAAUAGAGAAAAUAGCCUAAAUGUGAAUUGAACUGCUUUCAUUUUUCCAUCUGUUAAGGUCCCAUCUAACUCAGUAGCAGGCAUGUACUUCCUCUUUUCCCUGAGCUUCAAGACCAGCCCUUUUUGUUCAAUGGGGCCUAUUUCCAACCUGCUGAAUUUUUUAUUGAAUCUGAAUCCUAGUUUCCAGCCCCAUUAACUGGUCUUCUCAACACUUGUCAUUUGCAGAUCUAUGAAAGCAUUCCUACUAUGUCAAGAAGCUUGAUAAUAAAUGGAAAGAGAUCUGGAAUUGGUUAGAGUUAAGAGACUGGCUUCAUUUGCUGACUCCAAGCUAGAUAUGUGACAUCAAUGUCAGUUAAUUCCUCUGAGCCUUAAUUAUUCUCUUCUACAAAAUUGAGAGAGACCAUAACAUUAGCCCCAUCUACCUUACUUGCAUGAUAGUUGUGAGGAAAGUAUUGAACAAGAUAAGACUAAGGAUGGGGACCUGGAACACUCAUUUGAAACAUCUAUUUAAAAUAGUGCCUACUUCAUAUUUCUGUCAUUUGGAGGGUAAGAUUCAGUUUAUUCUGAGCCUUAGCCUUAUUGACAUUAUUUAUACAAGUCCAGGCUUCUAUGUUUUGUUCUUAGUAAUAGUUACUCUUUUCGACUUUACUAUGUGUUCUUAAAUCUUAUUUCAUCAGAGAGAUAAUCCUCAAUGGUUCCUUUACCUUUACCUAGAUCUUACCCGUAUCUCCUUGCCCUCAUUUGUGAUUAGUAUAGUUUUGUUAUUUUUUGAGAGCCUCCAUCCUCCUUGAGACAUUUUGAACGUGUCUGAUCAUGGGAUCAUGCCUGUCUUCUCUCUGAACUUCAUCAUUUAUACUCUUCAUAUUGCCAACAGGUGUACACAUACGUCAAUGAAAAUAGUAUGAGUAUACGGAGGAAAUGUGUAUACCAUAUUAGUUGCAAAAGGUGUGAUGUUUUUCCCCCAAUAUGUACCUUUGAAAGUGGCAUUUGCACUAUAUUUGAGCACUUCCAACUUUGAAACCAUAAGCUGUGUAUUGUGCACCUCAGCAUCCAUAAAAAGGAUGGCUAUUUCCUGGGGCAGAUGGAAAUGCUGACCAAAUGUCUGUUUAUUUUGAUAUUCUGUCAAAUGACACCAUUAAUACUAAAGGCACCAAAUCCAUGUUGAUUAAAACUACUGGAAAUAAAUGAGAAAACUAGAAUGACCCUAAUGCUUGCAGUCACAGAUGACAGGUGAAAACUGACUCCUUACAUAAUUUUAAGGUGUAAAACAUUACCUAAAGGAAAGUUACCAUCAGGAAUGAUCUUUCGCAUGCAGGAAAAGGGAUGGAUGAAAAACUUGUGUUAGAUUGGUUGAAUGUGGUCUGGAGUAGGUGUCCAGGUGCAGAAUGCUCAUACUCAACAUGUCCAAGUGUCGUGUGACUGAAAUGUGAAGAAAAGAAUUGCUGAAAUGUGCGCAGAGGGAUCUACCUAGUUAUUUGACUGUAGCAAAAACUUUGAAUAUAAAGUGCCUGCUAAUGUACUUUACCAGUUAAGAGAAGGUUGUAAUUUAAAAGGAGAAAAUAAAAUGGGUGUUUUCUCUUUCUGAGUUACCCUUCAGAAUACUUGGGGUCAUAUUAUAUUUGGGCUAAUACGGUAUACUCGGUGUAUGUGUAUGUGGUAUAUAUGUGUAUACUUUAUAUAGGAUGUGUAUAAGCAUACACAUCUAUGUACAUGCAUGUACUGUAAGAAUUGUUUCCAACUUGUAUCCCGGCUUCCUAAGGAGUUUCCCAGAAUAGACAUGGGCAGUGAUGUUGGGCAGCUGGUUUAGCCAAAUAAAAAGUUGAUUUUUGUACACAUA